CCCUACGUUACAUAUAUGGACAAUGGGGAUGCGAGGGCCACGCCACCAUCGUCCCCGACACCGUUCUCACUCUGCUAGCUGUCUGCCUGCCUGCAUCCGAUGGACGCGGGCCGGGGCAGCAGCGCCACCAUCUUCCCGGUGCCGCAGGUCCCGGCGCUAGCUCUGCUCUUCCCCCCGCCGCCGCCGGCGGCGGCGGCAUUGCCAUCUUCUUCCCUCUCCCUUUCCUCCUCCUCCUCCUCGCGCCACGCGCCAUCCAUCACCAGCUUCCCGAUCCUCGUGCUCACGGUGCUGGGCAUCCUCGCCGCCUGCGUCCUCAUCCUUGCCUACUACGUCUUCGUCAUCCGCUGCUGCCUCACCUGGCACCGCGACCGUAGCGCGUCCGACGCCGUCUCCCGCCGCCCCCAGCGCGCCCGCGCCCGCGUCCGCACCAGCACUGGCGGCACCCCGGCCUCCAGCGCCGAGCCGCGCGGCCUCGAGGACGCCGUCAUCCGGGCGCUGCCGGCGUUCAGUUACAGGAAGAAGCCCGCCGACUUACCGCCGUCCGCACCCGCGCCCGCGAGCGAGUGCGCGGUGUGCCUCGGCGAGUUCGAGGAGGGAGACAGCGUGAGGAUGCUGCCCGCCUGCCUCCACGUCUUCCACGUCGGCUGCGUCGACGCCUGGCUCCAGGGCAACGCCAGCUGCCCGCUCUGCAGGGCCAGGGCGGACGUCGAUGCCGCCAGCUGCUGCCGCCUGCUCCCGCCGCCGCCACCCGAGGAGGAGGAGGACGUAGCGGCCAUCCAGGUCGUCGUCGUCGUCCCCGGCGCAGAGGAAGACGACCGCCAAGGCACGGUGCCACAGCGGCAGCGAGAAACCACCGUGGCUCCUGCUGCUGCUGCCGAGGUUGAAGGAGAAGAUCCUCCUCAGGUCGGUGGUGAAAAGGAGAGGAGGAAGGAUGGAGAUGUUGCACCGAGGACGAGGUCCUUCUCCACGGACGGUGACGGUGGCGAGGAGGUUCAGAGCAUCUUGCAGAGGAACGGACAGGGACUCCCGUAGCCGUAGGUAGAGAUGAUCAUGACAGCGACAGCAGUGUACGAGUAGUAGGCAAUUGAAGGGAGCGUCGAUCGUGAUUUCUCAGGCAGCAGUGGCGACUAGACGGCGCAGCUCGACGAGCAGUAGGCGGCGGUCUUUCCUUCCGCCUGAGAAGCCCGCUUUGGAUCUUGUCGGGCGCGAACUGGGGGUGCAGCGGAGAAGACCAUGACCGGCCGGUGCGCUGGAAUACUAGCCUGCCUAUCCUGUUUAAGAAUGUAUCGCUGAAAGUCUGUACCAAAAUUUGAAAAAAAAAUGCUUAACACUAU